AUGUCUGUCACUCUAAUAAGAACAUGCACAUUAUGUCAGCGACCCCUGGUUGUUUCCCCCCGGUCACCGGCAGUUGCAGGAACGGUAGCGUUGACCAGGCCUCUCAUCCUUCAAGGAAUUGAGUUCGCACAGCCAGAAGUUGCCGCUGCACACUUGCGAAUCAACGAGGCCACUUUGAGAAGCUUUGAAUCUUGCCGGCCCUUGAAGGAGCGGAAUCGCUGCAUCUAUGCCUGGCCUGGCAGGGUCUUGGAUGUCAAUGCCUCCUCUGGAGUGACGAGAGAAGGCAGACUGGGAUAUUCUAAGUCUUCCUUCACACCUGCAUCAAACUUCAGCAGCGUCAAGCUUGAUCGUGCUGCAGACUGGUGGAAAGACAGCUUCAACGUGAAGAAGUGCAGCAUUGCAGUAUUCUUUAUCUCACGAACAUUGAUAGGCGAAGAAGAUUCGGAGCGUCAUAUAUUUGAUCAGAUACCCUUCUGCGAACCUGGUAAGUUCGCGCUUGCAGAGUUGCCAUUGAACGAGACUGAUCGCAAUAUCACUCAAAGCUGGCCAGUCAAGCAGGAUAGAACAAGUUAUUCGAUACAAUCGGCACGAAAAAUGGGUAUCGAGCGCAGAAAGUAUCCUGCUCAAUCCGUCAACCAAUCACCACCAGCUCAUGAUCCGACUCUUGUCUUCGAUGGAGCUGUUAGACGUCGAAGCACCCGAGCGAAGUCGAAUGCCCAUCCUGUCUACCGUCGUGGAAUGACGCUCCGGGACCAGUCUGAUGCCGAAACGCCUGACGAGGAACCACGACGAAGGCACUCGGCAACAGUUCAUACCGGAGAGACUGAGGACGAGCUUGAUGAAGACGCAGACAACGAGAACAAUAAUGAAGAGAGCACUGCUCAGUUUAGCGGUCCAUCCGAGACUUUCGAAGAGGAAACCCAUAUGUCGGUAAAGAACCGAGACUUGGAAAGAGAGCACAAAAGCUCCAAUCGCGCAACUCAGCGCGAAAGGCCGGGGAGGAAUGGUCAAGCCGUGGCUGGAAGAAGGGAUGUCCAGCAGCGAAGCUCAUCAAGCUUACUGGUCCUAAACAUUCCGAGGAGCAAGAAACGCAAAGGAGAUAUUGGGGUUCUGGCCGACGAAGAGGAGCGAGCCAUCAAGCGGGAGCGCAGUGAGCAUGUCAACAGCAUACCACCUGCAAGUUCAGGGUUGGCGAAUUACGAAGACGACGACGAAAUCAUGGCUAUCGACCUCGAGGCUUUACAGCUGAGAAGGAGGAUGCGGAUGAAAAAGCUUCGACAAGAGGGGGAACUUCGCCAGGCCGGUAGAUCGUUGGAUGCAAGAUAUCCAGACUUUCGGCACAUUCAUUCAUACAAAUACAGUCGUUUGAUGCGGGAACAAGUCUCUGAAAGAGCUCAUAUUGGCUUUUCGAAGCAGGAAUACCAUCUCUUUUCACUUUCGUUCGCUUCGUCUCAUAUCGGCGAUCGCUCCGAUUGA